AUGCCCAAUCAUCGAAUUUGCCUGCGGGCUCUCAAGACUCAGCCCAGCCGCUCAUUGUCUUCCCCGUCCUGUCGCGUGAGACUCAACCCGCUCCGAACAAACCUAGCGACCACGCGCCUUCCAUACUCGACCACUGGCUACGGCGAUGGUGAGGGCGACCCUCGUGGCCAGGAUCCAACCUCUCAAGGUGUGAAUCAACGAAGUCGUGAGUUGGAGCAUCCUGGACCAGAGCAAGUGAAGCAGAAGGACUCGAGUCAGUCAAAUCAAUCAGAGCACGAAGCUCAAGGGAAGACUCAGGAGAAGAAAGAGCGUGCCGAUGAAUCAGCGAAAGCAAAUUCUCAGAAAGCUAGAAGUCAUGUCAAAUAA